AUGCUUCGAAGACUGUCGACGUUCAGGAGGAAACCCCGCGAUGAAACGCAGCCUCACCAAGCAGCAUCCGAAUCUCAAGGUUCUAACUCAAUAUCGUCUAACGUCUCAUACCCAAUUCAAGCAUAUGCGAUCGAACAUAGAGCGACCACUCAUUUCUCAACUGGUACGGCAAACAACAGCGAUGUCCAGUUGCGAAAGAAUAAUGAGACUGAGGCUGGGCCGCUGGGCCUAACUGUCGUAUAUACCCCCGAAAAUGUUCGUAAAGCGGACAUUAUUUUCAUACACGGACUCGGGGGAACCAGUCGGUGGACCUGGUCGAAAAACCGAGAUCCAGAUCUAUUUUGGCCAGCGAAGUUUCUGCCUCUUGAGUCAGACAUCUGCCAUGCUAGAAUACUAACCUUUGGAUACAACGCCAACUUCCGCAAAGCAGGAAGUGUGAGCACCUCCAUACUUGACUUUGCGAAAGAGUUAUUAUUCGAUCUAAAAUACGCCAAGGAUGAUCAAGGGGACGACUUAGAUAUGGGAAGUGUGCCUCUGAUUUUCGUAGUCCAUAGCAUGGGAGGUCUCAUAUUCAAGGAAGCCUACAUAGAGGGUCAAAACGACCCGGAAUAUGAAUCUAUCAUAAAGGCCAUAUCUGCAAUCGUCUUCCUCUCCACACCACACCGUGGCACACAUCUUGCUCAGACGUUGAAUCGGAUCCUACAGUCAGCUAUGAUCACGAAUCCGAAGCAAUAUAUAUCUGAGCUUGUGAAAAAUUCAUUCACCCUGGAAAGACUUAACGAGCAAUUCCGCCACAUUGCACCUCGGCUGGAUAUCAUUUCAUUUUAUGAAACUCGGCCUACUUCCAUAGGUCUGAUGAAUUUUAUGGUUUUGGAAAAAGACUCCUCUGUUCUUGGGUAUCCCGGGGAAAUUUCAAGGGCACUUGAUGCAGAUCACCAUAAUGUGUGCAAAUUCGGAAGCCCUACAGAUCCCAAUUACAUCGCCGUGAGGAACGUUAUCAAAUCACUUAUCGGCAAAAUAGAAUCAACAACUAAAGCAAAGAAAGAUGCCCCGUUAAAUAAAGACGAAAUGCGUGGCCUGAGGUCUCUACUGGCCAUCUCGGAGCUCCCAUUUGUCGAUUAUAGCUUUUUUAGGGACCAGUGGGAGCCUGGGACCUGUGGAUGGAUUCUUCAAGAUGAGAACUUUAUUGAAUGGGAUAGAGCCUCCGAGUCUGUGCCUUGUUUCUUAUGGUUGAGCGGCGGACCUGGUACCGGAAAGUCGGUGUUGUCGUCGUUCAUCAUUAACCACUUAGUAGAGCGUGGUACUUGUUGCCAAUAUUUCUUCAUAAGAUUUGGUGAUCAGAAGAAACGGACUCUGAGUUUCCUGCUACGGUCAAUUGCAUUUCAAUUGGCCCAAGCCGUCCCGAAUUUCGCGCGGAAGCUCCUUGAACUCAUUGAUGAGGGCAUUGACUAUGAGUCUGCGAGCCCUAGGAUGAUUUGGGAUCGCAUCUUUAAAGCUGUUCUAUUCAAUAUGAAGCAGGAGUUAAAGCCUUUCUAUUGGAUCAUAGAUGGGUUAGAUGAGGCACAUGAUCCUCGGGCAACUAUUAAGUUGCUUUCGGAUAUCUCUCGCUAUCCCAUCCCGCUUCGGAUUCUACUCACAGGGCGCAAAAUCUCGGAAAUCGGAUCUGCCUUUCAAAAGGUCCCAGGUUCAUUAACUGUUGGAGCCGUGACUGUCGAGGGUCACCUUGAAGAUCUAUCAUGGUAUAUCCGUCAAGAACUUGAUAUGCCUGGUAGCCUUGAUUUCAGAGAGAAUGUUGUGAAGCGAGUUGUGGAAGGUUCACAAAAUAGCUUUCUUUGGGUUCGACUUGCUGUUGAUAGGUUGAAUUCAUGCCAUAGACUCUCUGAUGUCGAGCUGGCGUUCCAGGAGUUGCCGGUUGGAAUGGAAGCACUGUAUGAACGAAUGGCAUCAUCGAUCGCACAGAAUCACUCGCAAGCUGACAGGGCUUUAGUGUCGAGCAUUCUAGAGUGCGUCGCUUGCUCGUUCCGUGAACUGUCGAUUGCAGAGUUACCGCAUGGCUUGGACGAAGAUAUAUCCGAGAUGCUAGAUUUCGGACGAUCGAUCAUAGAUCUAUGUGGUGGUUUCGUGACUAUUGACAAUAGCGGAAAUGUCACGAUGAUACAUCAUACUGCUCGCGAGUACCUGAUGAGCGCUGGCGAGAAACCAUUCCGCGUUGAUCCUGGAACCGCUCAUGAGCGCAUGUUCUUAAGUUGCAUGAACUGUCUUAUGACCGCGAACCUUCGAGACAAGAUAACUCAGAAUCAGACUCCGGAAUUUGUUGAUUAUGCUUCAAGCUGGUGGUCGCCACAUCUAAUCUCAACGUCACCCGGUCGUACACAGAUCAUUGAGGUUCUGAAGGAGUUCCUGACUAGCCACUGGGUUUUAACGUGGAUAUAUGUCAUUUCUAUUAUCCACCAACAACAAGUACUUAUCCAAGCUUCAAAGGAUCUUUCGAAAUACUGUCUGAAGGAGCAACAGUACGCCACAAAGCUAGGUGAUAACGACGUAUAUGUUACAGAACACGAGCUUUUCAAAAGCUGGUCUAUUGACUUUGUCAAGAUAUUAGGAAAAUUUGGUGCGAACUUGCGGCGAAACCCACAGUCGAUAUACGAACUCAUUCCUCCUUUCUGCCCUCGGAAGUCUUCGAUAUACCAACUAUUCGGCAAAGCAGAAGCGAGUAGCAUUACAGUAUCGGGAAUUUCUAUGGAAGACUGGGAUGACUCACUCGCACGUAUGUCUUUCGGGUAUGGAGACUACGCAUCAUCCAUUGCGGCAUCUGGGGCUCUAGUUGGUUUCCUUACCUCUCCAGGGGACGUCUUCCUAUAUGACUCUUCAACAUUUGGAGAGGUAGAGGUAUCCCCAAUCAAACACGGAGAACGUGUGUACAGAAUGGAACUUAAUAGUACUGCUACAUUGCUUGUUACUUAUGGAUAUCGAACGACAAAGAUAUGGGAAACAUCUACCGGAGACUGUAAAAUAUUGGUCAAUAACCUUGAGUCGCGACCCCGACCACUUUCCAUACUGUUUACCAACAACAGUAAAACUCUUCUUGUGGGACAUGACGACAGGAGGAUACACUCGCUUGACCUGAACCAACAAUUUCCCACCUGGGAGCUUGUCGUAGAGUUGGAAGAACCGGAGCUCGAAGGGCACUUUCUGAACUCGCCAAAUUACAUGGCUUUAAAUAAGGAUGCAACGUUGAUUGCCGUGGCCUAUCGUGGACACCCGCUGUCGGCAUUUGAGGUAGAUGGACCAUCACACAUAGGUCAUUGUUGGCGAACACGAAAACAAGUUGCUAGGGGCGAGGUGAUUGAUGCGGUCUGGCAUCCGCACGACCCUGAACUACUGGGUCUUUAUAUGGAGGGAGUUGUUUUCAAGUGGCGUCCGUAUGAAGACAAAGCUGUUGAGAUGUCUAUAGGGGCAUCUAAACUGGCAAUCAACGGAGAAGGGAACCUUUUCGCUACUGGCGAUUCGCGCGGAAUAGUAAAAGUUUUUACCACGUCCGGCUUUGGUUUGGUAUAUCAAGUGGCGUCCCUAGACAUUGUUCUAGGUCUAACAUUUAGUCCUGACAGCCAACGUGUCUAUGACAUCAGAGGAUCCUAUGGGAGUUUCGAAGAACAGGCCCGUCAAAGUGCCGAAAGUGGAAAUGGAACUGAGAGUUUUACCAGUAAUCCUUCGACUGGCAUCACUACACUCGCAGCCUCGCCCGCAGGACGCAUAUACAGCUGUGGAACGAAAAGGGGGCCGGCGCAUCUAUUUGACUUGCAUCAAGACAAGGUUUUCGACACCAUCACGCCUAAAGAUGCUUCGAGCAUCGAGCAAAUGAGUUGGAGUGAUGAUGGAAGGGUCUUCAUCAUAAGAGUCGCUAUGAACGGAAGCGUUCUAGAGCCGGCAGUGGAAAUCAAGGCAGAGAUUCCAAUGAAGAACAUAACGAAAGGGCCGAUCACACAAUUGCUUUUCCAACCUGAUUCAAGCUGUCUCUUGGUGUUUACAUCUAACACCGUUCAUUCCAUCUCGCUCACGUUAUUUUCAGUGUGGAUUGUUCAUCCUCAAGACCCUGAACUGAUCAUUGGGUUCAACCCUCAACAUGCGGAGAUUCUGAACUGGGACUUAAUUGAGAAGCAAGUCUAUGUCACAUGGCUGACGGGCUCCUCGGAAGUGCUCAAAGUUGAUAAAGUCAUCGUCACCCAAGACAAAAGGCACAUAUUGGAAAGGGCUCUCCAUUAUUUCGAAACGUCCAGAUUGUCAAUACCUCCAGAAACGGCCUCUAGAGUUGAACAGACCAAUGGAUCAAGGCCAAUACUUCCAGUUUCUAUUCCUCAUGAGAUGGCAUCUAAAGUCGCUCUUCCGCUCUCGUUUCAAUCAGAAGACCAUCUCGUAUUCCUGUCUGAAAAUCUUUCUAUCUGUUCCUGGCAAAUCCCUUCAGGCGGGCCUGUAUCCAUCAUAGAAUCAUUGCGUGGAUCUCGCAGCAAUAUAGCCACCGGAGCUUCAUCUACUUCUGGUCGCCAACAAACCAGCACUGCCCCUGGAAAGCGGGUGGAGGAGCUGUUCUCAUUGCCGGGGGACUGGAUUAGUAGAGACUGUCUCUCCCUGUGCGUUAUAUGGGGAAAAGAGGGAGCUUUUCUCUACCCGAGGAACGGAGAAGUCGCCGUGGUUAAAUUCGCGGCUUUGACUUGA